GUGUCAAUGGUUAACCCGGGUUCUUGGUGUCUGGAGCUUUUCUUCCCUGUAUUAUUAACUACAGAACAUUUUUCCCACUGCCCUGCUGUGAGCCCCCAGCUCUUAGAUCCUCUAUGGGGAGAGUGCAUACAGCUGGCGUGAAGAGUGGACCCUGUUUCUCCAGGCGUGCGUGAACUUUGGUUGUAGUCUGUUGGAGCAGCUUGUGUGACAGAAGCACGGGAGCACGGAGGAAGCGGAGCCGGGAGACUGAACGAAUUUGGAGGGAGGAAAAUGACUUUGCCUAGGGAUGGCUGUGACACCACCAGGAUUACAGUGAAGAGCUGGACAGAAGGGUCCAAUUGUAGCAUGCUCCCUUUAAGAGGGAAACAAGAUUAGCAACCUUGGCAAAUUUUCGGCUUCUAUUCAGAGGGAAAGAGAAGAGUUUCCAGUGUCCAAAAAAAAAGACAGACAGAGAGAGACACAGACAGGAAGAAAGAAAGAAAAGAAAAAUAAAGAAUGGAUUUUUUGAAACAAAGGCAGAAGCAAUUUUAUACUUCACUGAAAGCUCACCUGGGAGUGGUUUAAACUCCUCUGGGGUUAAGGAAGAUUUCUUUUUUUUUUACCUCUCAAGACCAAAGGUGGAGCUAGGGUAAAGGAACCGAAUCUGAAAUAGCGUCCCCGUCAGUUCUGUUCUGUCCUGGGAAGCACACAAGGAAGAAAAAUCUCCGUGGAAGAGAGAGGAGGCUACAAGUGAUGAAGGUUUUAUGUGAAAACCCAAACUAACCAAGAGCGCCACACCUAGAACGACUGUGACUGCAGAGGUCAGCCGGAGUGACCCAGGGGGCCAGGGGGAGGAUGAGCUAUUACGGCAGCAGCUAUCGGGUCGUGAACGUGGACCCCAAGCUCCCAGGCUGCCCCCCGGGGCACAUCACUGCAGAGAAGAGAAGAGCCAGACGGCGUCUGCUGCACAAGGAUGGCAGCUGUAACGUCUACUUCAAGCACAUUUUCGGAGAGUGGGGGAGCUACGUGGUUGACAUUUUCACCACUCUCGUCGACACCAAGUGGCGCCAUAUGUUUGUGAUAUUUUCCUUGUCUUACGUCCUCUCCUGGUUGGUGUUUGGCUCCAUCUUUUGGCUCGUAGCCCUUCAUCACGGAGAUCUGUCCAACGACGCUGGCAUCACGCCUUGUGUCGACAACGUCCACUCCUUCACGGGGGCGUUCCUCUUCUCCCUGGAGACCCAGACCACCAUCGGUUACGGCUACCGCUGUGUCACCGAAGAAUGCUCUGUGGCCGUGCUCGUGGUGAUCCUUCAGUCCAUCCUAAGCUGCAUCAUAAACACCUUCAUCAUUGGCGCCGCCCUGGCCAAGAUGGCCACCGCCCGGAAGAGAGCCCAGACCAUUCGGUUCAGCUAUUUUGCCCUCAUCGGCAUGAGAGAUGGGAAGCUCUGCCUCAUGUGGCGCAUCGGUGAUUUCCGACCCAACCACGUGGUGGAAGGCACCGUGCGAGCCCAGCUUCUCCGCUACACAGAAGACGGCGAAGGGCGGAUGACCAUGGCAUUUAAGGACCUAAAAUUAGUCAGUGACCAGAUCAUCCUUGUCACGCCGGUCACGAUCGUUCAUGAGAUCGACCACGAGAGCCCACUGUAUGCCCUCGACCGAAAAGCCGUGGCCAAAGACAACUUCGAGAUUUUGGUGACAUUUAUCUAUACUGGCGAUUCGACCGGGACUUCCCACCAAUCCAGAAGUUCCUACGUCCCGCGGGAAAUUCUCUGGGGCCACAGGUUCAAUGACGUCUUGGAAGUGAAGAGGAAGUACUACAAAGUCAACUGCCUGCAGUUUGAGGGCAGCGUGGAAGUCUACGCUCCCUUCUGCAGCGCCAAACAGUUGGACUGGAAAGACCAGCAGCUCCACAACAUGGAAAAAGCCCCGCCAGUCCAAGGAUCGGGCGUGCCAGACCCCAAGGUCAGAAGAAGGUCGCUGAGUGCAGUGGCCAUUGUGAGCAGCUGUGAAAACGCAGAGGAGACCACCCCAUCUGCCACAGAUGAGUGUAAGGAGGCACCUUAUCAGAAGGCCCUCCUGAGUUUAAAUACAAUCUCUGUAGAAUCCCAAAUGUAGCCCCAAGUCCCAGUUGCAGGGGCUGCCACUCAAUCAUUUUCACUCUCUAGCCAAUCACCUUAAGGCGAGGAGCAGGCAGCAGGGCUUUUAAAGAAUGCCAUAGCUAUCUUUGAUGGGGAUGGGAGACAAACAGGGCUGGUCAAACUUGAUAAAAGAUAUCUAAAAAUCACGUAGUAGCCAAUUGUUUAAUUUUUUUUUCUGGCUAGCCAAUUUUGUGUUAGGGAUGCGAGUAAG